AUGGUCGGAUCUGCCUUUUCCGUGUCCAGAAUCUUACUGCUGGUCUCUUCAUGCUGUCUUGUUUCUGCUGAUUUUGCCUCGUAUGGUUUCACUGCAGAGGAUCUUGUCAGCAUGCACAAACUGUCUAAUCCGGUUGUUUCGCCUAAAGGACACAUGACUGCUUAUACGGUAUCGCACUACAAUACAUCAACUACUAUCACUACUCGUUCAUUGUAUUUAUCACACCUGCCACAAAGCGAGUCUGAGCAUCCCAAUUUGAGUACACCUGAAACUGCAUUGGCAACUGGUCCUGUUCUUGUAGGAUCUGAUGUUGGAUCUGAUCCCUUUUGGAUGUCUGACAGUGUGUUGGCAGUGCUUUGUUCCCGUGAGGGUCUGAAUCAGAUUUGUGUUUCAAACAUCACCAAUGCUCUCGAGGGUACUCCUGUUGAAUUCAAGCAAAUCACUCAACUAGUUCAUGGUGUAACUACUGCCAAAUAUCACACUGCAUCAGGUCUGCUCGCAUUCACUUCAACAGUCGUUGUAGCUCCUAAUCCACGCAAGGUAAAGGGCUCGUCCGCUAUGGUCUAUGAUAAGCUAUUCGUGCGUCAUUGGGACACUUAUCUUGAUCCUACCGCUCGUAGCCAUUUGUUUGUUGCUCGUCUUACACUCGAUGCAUUGCAUACUACCGUUGUUAAAGAGGGCGAUGUGGUUGAUUUAUUUACUAGUCAGCCCGAUCUUGAAACUCCUGUUGCUCCGUUUGGAUCCACCACCGAUUACGACUUUUCUCCAGACGGAACUACUAUUGUUUUUACUUCUCGUGUUCCCGAACGUAAAGCUGCUUGGAAUACAAACACUGACGUCUAUACCAUACUCACUGAUGGAACUCAACCACCUGUUUCCUUAUCCAAGAAAAAUCUUGGUGCCGAUUCACUUCCUACUUUCUCUCCAUCUGGCGACUUGAUUGCUUGGCUUCAGAUGCGUGAACCUGGCUACGAGUCAGAUAAGAAUGUGAUUGUUGUUUACAACAGAAUCAAGGCAACACAACAUAUUCUUACCAAAAAAUGGGAUCGCAGUCCUAGCUCUGUUGCUUUUCUUUCCGAGACACUGCUGGUUAUCACUGCUCAAGACAAGGGCCACAAUCGUGUCUUUACAGUGGACAUCACUACCGACAAAGUUGUUGAGCGCUACUCUGAUUCGACCCUUCAUAGCAUUUCUGUUGUUCCUGGCACCAAUACUUUUACCGCUCUUUCCAACAGCAUGCUAUACCCUGACAAACUUGUUGUGAUGGAUAUGGAAAAAUGGACAGUUGCUUUCCUCACUCAUUUUAACGACGAGCAUCUUGCUUCGAGAGAACUGGCACUUUCAGAAGAAUUUUGGUUCAAGGGUGCCAAGAACGAAAAAGUACACGGAUGGCUCCUAAAACCCCAUUAUUUCAACAAGGAUAAAAAGUAUCCAUUGGCCUUUUUAAUUCAUGGUGGACCAGAAGGUGCUUGGAAUGACGACUGGUCGUACAGAUGGAACCCACAGGUGUUUGCUGCCCAAGGCUACUUUGUCGCCGUCAUCAACUUUCAUGGAUCAACUGGGUUUGGUUCAGAAUUCACCCGUUCUAUUCUUGGAAACUGGGGUGGUGCGCCAUUUGAAGACAACAUGAAAGGUCUCAAAUAUGUUCUUGAACAGAAUCCUCAAAUUGAUCACCGUCGCGUCGCAGCUCUCGGUGCAUCCUAUGGUGGAUUCAUGAUCAACUGGAUCAAUGGUCACUCGAAAAAGUUUGCUUGUUUAGUAAACCACGAUGGCAUUUUCGAUCCUCGCUCUGCGUAUUUCAGUACUGAAGAACUGUUCUUUAAAGAAAGCGAGUUUAAAGGAACUCCAUAUGAUCGCAAAGCAGCCAAGCUUUACGAAAAGUAUUCUCCUGCUCUUUACUCUCAUAAGUGGGUCACUCCUACAUUGGUUAUUCAUAGCGAGCGUGACUAUCGUCUUCCUAUCACUGAAGGUCUUGCUACAUUCACUGCUCUUCAACGUCGUGGUGUUCCCAGUCGACUCUUGUAUUUCCCUGAUGAAAACCACUGGGUUUUAAAGCCUGCCAAUUCUCUUCAAUGGCAUGCAGAAGUGUUUGAAUGGAUUGGUCAAUAUACAUCCGAAUCUCGUGUUGCUGGAAUUUCUACACAACAUGAUGAUGAUAUGGACGAUAUGAUCGACAAUGUGGUAUCCGAUGAAUCUAUCCAACGAUGGGUGAUUCAAGGCAACGCACCCGAUCUCAUCAUCAAUGCUGAAUAAAUCUCAACCUACCGCGUGAUAUCUACCAUUGAGUUGAUUCAACUAUACUUUUAACUUGAUUCAAAUUCAAUCAAAUAAAAAAGGGGUUCGAGUC